GCUCUGCGCUCUGCUGCAAGAGCUGCUGGAGCACAGGUGCAUUCCUCGUCAUUUCAACCCGCGACACAAACCACCACCCUCGCACUGCGACGACGGCUUCACGACAGCCUGAUGCAGUGUGUCGACACGGUAGGUCAUUCGGCAGUCGACAACCCCGACGGACAGUACACCUGACCGCCCGGCGACAACGCGGGCCUUCUCCUACCCAACCAUUUCCCUUCUUCCGGCUGGCGCGCGACGGUCGGCGGACGACCUGCCAACCUCCUUGGGGCCCUCUAUUUUGCGCAUGAACCACACGCAGGCCGAGUCCAGAGAUGAUCCUUGGAUCUGACUGAAACAAGGCAAGGCACCGCCCACCACCUCGUCGCAUCGCUUUGCACCGCAUCGCAUCAACUGGCAAUCGCUUCUUCGUCAUCGCCAUCGGCUUCUGCUCUUUUUUUUUGUCUGUUUCCUCCCAUCCGUCCUUCCAAACGAGCCCACGCCGACGAUCCUUUUGCUACCGACUCGCCCCUUUUCCCUUAUCAACCAGCCCAAACAACCGCCCCUCUUUUACCGACCACCAGAUCGACAUUUCCGACCUUGGCCAACGAUCACAUGCAACUUCUGUAACGGGAGGCGCGCUCCCGUCACACCUCACGAUUUCACUUGUUUGUCCAUCCAGAACCCCAUCAAAAUGUUGGCGUCCGAGCCGCCAUCGUCGCCGCCUGGCGAGGACGCAGCCCCGGAAGCGUCACUCGCCUGGUACAAGUCGCAAUACGAGCAACUAGAGACCGAACUCGCCGAUUUCAGAAUUUCCAGCGAGGAGCUCGAGAAGGAGUUGGAAAAGGAGCUGGAAGCCGCCGAGAAGAGGGAGAAUGCCCUCAAGAACAAGGCAGAAGGCCUUGUCUUUGAGGUCGACGAGUGGAAGAGGAAGUACAAGGAAUCCAAGACCGAGGCGAACGCGGCACAGAACACGCUGGAGAAGGAGAUUACGACCCUGAGGGAUACAAAUCGCACGAUGCAGCACAAACUUCGCGACAUCGAAGUUGCAAACGAUGACUUUGAGCGGCAGGCGCGGAUCACAGACUCGUCCCUCGAGGACAUGGAAUCGAAAUACAACGCGGCGAUCGAGAGGCAGGUCAUGAUGGAGGAGGAGAUCAAGAUAGGCGAACAAGAACGGGAACAGCUCAGAAUAGAAGCGCAGAGACUACGAGAAGAGUUGUCCGACCUCAAGAUCGAAGCCGACAUCCUCCAGGACAAGCUGAAGAAGCAGGAGGAGCAGCGCCAUCUGUCCACCAUAUCCACCGAUCUUUCCAUCCCCGAGAGCCCCAUGUUCGACACCAGCACCAUGUCCGGCGCCAGCUCCCCACUCGUCUCAACACCACCUGGAUCAGUAACGUCCUCCAAGACCCCAGUGCAUGAGCCUCCUUCUCCACCGAUGUCGGAUGCGUCAGCAGCCCCGAUCCCGAACCCGAAGCCCAAAGCCCCGUCCGCGAAACAACCCGUGGCUGCUCCUGCGAAGCCAAAGAGAUCGAGGUUGCCUUCGAUGGGCUCGAGCAACACCCCGCGACCGCGGGUGUCCUCGACAGCGUCGCGCUCGUCCACCACUCAACACUCUACCGCGGGUGCCUCGCAGCGCCCCACGCCUGCUCUCCGUAGGACUACGAAACCUCUUCCGCCCAAGGCGCCUGGUCAAAAUAGGAUACCCCCGUCAACGUCCCUCACUCACAUACGGACCCUUACAGCCCAGAUGCAGCGCUUGGAGGCUCGGGUUCAGAACGCACGAUCCAAACUGCCAGCGCCCACGGUCACGCCGCCGCGUGCUUCUCCCAGGUCUGUUGCUAGCAACAGCAAUGUCACCAUACGAACCCGCAAGCGAGGUGUGUCGUCCGUGUCAUCGACUGCCACCAGCACAACGCCAGAGGACGCGACGCCGACCGGCAACGCCUUCAGCAGGAGCACCAACGGCGGAAGACACCUGCCCCGACUUAGUAUAUCCGGUGUGAGCAGGCUGUCCUUUGGUCCGCUUCCGAACCGUGGGCCCCUCGAUUCCGGCUCCGAGAUCAGCCGCCCCAGCAGCCGGGCCAGCACCUCGAGCUAUGCGCGGCCAGUCAGCCGGGCCGAUGGCAGGAACGACAGCAUGAUUGCACCACCGCGGCCAGGGAGCCGUGCAGGUGGCGCAAGGACACCUCUGGGCCGGCCGAUUAGUAGGACGAGUUUCGGCAGCAGUUUCCACGGGCACUCGGUGAGCAGCCUCAGCCUCAGCACGGCAGAAGAGCCAGAACCCGAGGAGCGGACGUACAGGACGCCUAGCAGGCGCGGAACCUAUAGCCGAUUAGAGGGUGGCAGUGGGAUCCCAACACCAAGCGGCCUGCCGAUGCCAACGUCGAGACGACAAAGCCUGGCAAGCGUCCAGGCCGAGCCAGUCAGGCGGCCGAGCAUAGGCCCGUCGCUGAUCAAGAAGACAUCGACACAACCUCUAUCGACACAACCUCUGGGUGAUCUGGGCGAAACCUUCUAGGAGAACCGAAGCGGCGGGCCCUGAGGACCGGCAUUGCGGGCCCAGCAGGCGGGCUGCAUCAUAUAUUACCUUCACAUUGACACCAAUACUGUCCUUUUUUCUUCUUUCAUUUGUCAUCAUACCCAUUUCUUUUGUUGACUACGAGGGCUGCGGUCAUUGCGACAGGGUCAUUUACACGGGCGAACGGGUUCGGCGUGGCAUGGCAUACGAUUGGUACGGAGUUUAUCGCAUUCCCGCGUGGCUGAGGAGCUUUGGUCGGGUCACAGAGCAUCCUUUUUCAGCGUUAGAGUGAGACUGGUUGUCAACCCGGCUUGGGCUGUCUGGAGAGCGCGAGACCAAAUUGACGAUGGACAAUAGACGCGCUGAAGGAUGAAGUUGUCCGGAGAUAGUAUCACCACCAGGAGACUAAUAUAUCCUUGAGGUAUAGACAAA